UUUCUUCUUUGACUAUUCAAUAAGUGAGUAACCAUCCAUGGUGGCAAUCCAUCAUCGGGCCAUCCAUAUCAUGGACUCCAUCCCUCAGCAACUUGCAUACUCAUCAUCAAUCUGUUUCCUUUUUCAAUAGAAAUGGCUGACUCUGCAACGGCCGGUACUCGUGGACGUGGCGGUUUUGGACGUGGUCGUGGUGGCCGUGGUGGCCGUGGUGGCCGCGGUCGUGGACGUCGUGAGGAAAAGAACGAAUGGGUUCCUGUGACCAAGCUUGGUCGUCUCGUCAAGGCUGGCAAGAUCAAGUCUAUGGAGGAAAUCUACCUCUUCUCUUUGCCUAUCAAGGAGUACCAGAUCGUCGAUUACUUCCUUCCCAAGCUCAAGGAUGAAGUUAUGAAGAUCAUGCCCGUUCAGAAGCAGACCCGUGCUGGUCAGCGUACUCGCUUCAAGGCUUUCGUUGUCAUUGGUGAUUCCGAUGGCCAUGUCGGUCUCGGUGUGAAAUGCUCCAAGGAAGUUGCCACCGCUAUCCGUGGUGCCAUCAUCUUGGCUAAGCUUUCUGUCAUCCCUGUCCGUCGUGGUUACUGGGGUACUGCUCUUGGUGAUCCCCACACUGUUCCUUGCAAGGUCACUGGCAAGUGUGGUUCCGCUCUUUGCCGUUUGGUGCCUGCUCCCCGUGGUACUGGUAUCGUUGCCGCUCCCACUCCCAAGAAGGUCUUGCAGUUGGCUGGUAUCACCGAUUGUUACACUACCUCUCGUGGUUCCACCCGUACCCUUGGUAACUUUGUCAAGGCUACCUUUGCUGCCAUUGGUAACACCUACGGCUUCUUGACUCCUGACUUGUGGGAAGAGACCGAAUUCACCAAGGCUCCCUUCCAGGAGCACACCGAUUUCCUCUCCCAGAAGCAGAGAAAGUAAAUGCAAUGCGGAUUACGUAAAUAAACGAAAAAACAAAAACGACCAUUUUGCACCCAUUGAAAAA